GGCUCUGACUCAGCGCUCCGUGACCUUUGCUUUGAGAGCAGAGCGGCUCUCCUGAGAGCGGAGAGCACAAUGACCGGGCGGCUUUGAAACUGCCACGUUCACAAACUGAAGAUGUUUUCAUUCGUUAUGUCGCUUCUUCCAACAUCCUACUUCCUGCCAAGGUGGUUGACUCUGGACACAAGUCCCCUGGAUGGCUUUCUUCAAGGGCUGGUGGGAGCAUGCGGGACUUCAGUGCUGGUCUCCCUGCUGAGAGUCCAUUUCCUGUUGGAGGAGACCUGGAGAGCUAAAGAAGAUGACCGCUUAUCCGCCGCUCGUCUGAGGAGGAUUCAAAGUGGACUUCCUGGUCUGCUCUGGUUCUCUUUGGUCACUGGCAUCCUAGCUGUGGUGGGAUCCCGCGUGGCCUCGCUUGUGGUGCUUGAGUUUAGCCUUCGAGCCGUUUCCGGAUUGGUUACUGCUGGACAGGAACCCAGGACUUUCCUGCAGCAGCUGCUCUUGCAGAGCCAAUUCUCUGUGGGCUGUGCUCUUACCUGUAGUUUGCACUUCCUCCAUGAGGGGGCAGCCCAGCGCUGGCUGUGCCUGCUCCUGGCUGCAGCUCUCAGCUGGUUUCUGUCCCGGCAGGCUACAAAGCUUUGUCAUCAUGUCAGCGCUUUGUAUGAACUGCACAGCUCGCAGGGAUACUGUGGCGUCUGCAUUGGCCUGCUCACCUCAGGCAGCUCUCUGCUGCCCCUGGUGGCCAGGGCCACAUCCAUCACUUUCUUUGUGGCUGUGCUGGCAGCGGUAUCCAUCAUUAACAAACAGUUUCUGUCUGCAACCGAGGCACUGAGGUUUUGGACACCACUGACCAUCUGCUACACGCUGCUGGUUGUGUACAUGCAGGAGGAGCAGCAUCGUCUGCCGGGCAGCCAGGCUCUUCUCAACACUGUGGUGGUGCGUCUUGGGGGUUUGAUGGUCCUGAUGCUGACUGUAGGACAAUGGGCAGACGUGCUUCACAUCAUCAUGUGUUUUCUGGGUGAAGCUAGUUGUCUGGUUCCCACCAUGGACCUGCUGGAUGCAGCUUUCUUAGAGAAUGGAGAUUUCAGUGUGGAGAAAGACCAUCAGCGGAGACCACAGAGACGUCACAAGUAGUAUCAAUGCCUUUAUGAAUGUCACAAAAAAACCAUUUUAUUAAACAUGCUGAACUUGUACUGUGAUAAAGUAUGUUUUCUGAAGGUUUUAACAAUAUUGAAUAUCCGGUUUUCAUUUGUUCACACAACCAUUACAUUUCUGGAUGUAAGCUAACCUUUAUUUGUCUGUACUGUAGAUGCUUUAAGUUAACUGAAGAAUGUUUCUGCUCCAAAGGAUCUGGGAGUUUCCUCAGACUUGGUGGUCUGGUUUCCAUUAGCCUCAGCAUUUACAAUGUUCCAUUUUCACUGUAGAUAUUGACUGCAUAGAUCAGUGGUCGGCAACCUUUCACAGUAAAAGAGCCAUUUGGGCUUGUUUUCUACUGAUGCAAAACUAGAAGGAGCCACAUAGUCUUAUUUUGAUACUGUUGUGCAUUCAUUACAAUGUAUUUUUUAAUAAUAAAUAUGAAUUAUGCUUCUUUUAUGGCAUGAAUAAAAACGGAAAUAUAAAGGGAAAAUAGCAUUUUUUAUGUUUAUUAAGAAGCUCAUAUGAUUUCCUUUCAAAAUAAAAGAUGCCUUGUGCCAGACCGGAUCAUCCCAGUGCAGCUCUGGACAUAAGAUAAUAUGUGCUUCAAACUAAUAAAGGAUCAGAGUUUUUACCAAA